AUAAAAGCUCCCAGCCUUGAGAGGAACACCCUGUUCCUGAGCCUGAAGACAUUGCAACAUUAAUUGAGUAAUUUAUAGUCGCGCUUUCUUCUACAAUGUCUGAAGAAGUGACUUACGCGACACUCACAUUUCAGGAUUCUGUUGGAGCAAGAAAUAACCGGGACAGAAAUAACCUAAGGAAAAGAGGGUGUCCAGCUCCUUCCCCCAUCUGGUGCCAGGCUGCCCUGAGUCUGUUAACUCUUUGUCUGAUGCUGCUGAUUGGGCUGGUGACCUUGGGGAUUAUGCUUUUGCAGACAUCUCAUGAAAUUAACUCAGAUUCAGAGAGAUUAAGUCAACUGCAAAAAACCAUCCACCAACAGCAAGAUAACUUCUCCCAGCAGCUGAGUGACUACAGGAAUUUUCCCAGCGAGGAGGAGCAUCUCAAAUCCCAGAUCUCCAGUCUAUUGAAGCGGCAGGAACAGAUGGCCAUCAAGCUCUGCCAAGAGCUGAUCAUUCACACUUCAGACCACAAAUGCAAUCCUUGCCCUAAAAUGUGGCAAUGGUACCAAAGCAGUUGCUAUUAUUUUGCAACGAAUGAGGAAAAUAUCUGGAUUAACAGUAGAAAUAACUGCCUGGACCAGAAUUCCACCUUGGUGAAGAUAGAUAGCUUGGAGGAAAAGGAUUUUCUGAAGUCACAGCCGUUACCCAAGUUUUCUUUCUUCUGGUUGGGCUUAUCAUGGGAUCCAUCUGGAAAGAGCUGGCUAUGGGAGGAUGGCUCCAUUCCGUCUCCAUCGUUGUUCAGCCCUAGAGAAUACACCCAGAUCAACGGAUCCAGAGGAUGUGCCUAUUUUCAGAAAGGAAAGAUUUAUCUUUCCCGCUGCAGCGCUGAAAUUUCUUGGAUUUGUGAGAAGACAGCUACAUUAGUGAAGUUUGAAGAUCUGGAUUAAUACGCAUCUUCCGAAUUCACCAAGAUGUAAGGGACUUGUGAUUACGUUCAUGUGAAGAAAGAGAAGGCUACCCGACCACAGCCAAAAACAUGAAAAGAUGACGGUGUACGUAAACUAUCAGGCAAAUAAACUUCACGGAACAUCCUCUGCUUCAUCGUCUGAUGGCUUCUGAUCUGAUGUUCUGGUGACUGCUGGGGACCUCGGGAGAAUAGCCACUGUAUGGCCCUGUUAUUCUAUCUCAGCAUCAUUUCACUGAAUUUCCUCCCUCAAAUAAAAGCCUCUUUUCCUGCUCUGUCA